AUUCAGUUUAUAAUGUCCACUUUCUAAGAAAGGUUUAAGGGUAAAACAACAGUAAUGGGUAGAAAUGGUUUAGAAUCAGUUCUAAACACUUGUUAAUAACCAAUCAAAAAAGAUUUUGAAUGUAUAAUAUCUCUUAUUUUAGAUUAAAAUAGAUGUCCUCAAAUUCAACAACCUUUGUAAUAAUAAGUUAAUAUUUAACCUGUUUUAACUCAAAUUCAAUACAAUCAUUAAUAACAUCAUUAAACUUUAUAUUAACAUAACCCUUAUAUACCAGAGUAAUAGAUUCAAGAUUCUCUAUAAUAUUUGAGUCAAUAAUAAUAUUUUCAACCUUCAACUAAUUACUAAAUUAGAUAAACAGUCACAGAGCCUCCAAAAAAAAUAGAAUAAAGAUCACAAUCAGCAAAAUAAUAAUAGCAAUCAAUAGAUAAUUCAUAACGGUACAAACCAUACACCAUUAAAGAUUAUGAAAUUAUGAAAAAAACUGCAAAUGCGAAAUUAGGAGGUUUAGGACCUAAUGUUAGUGGAGAUGAAUGGACAAAAGAAAAAGAAAAGGUACUAAAGAGAUAAGAAUUUGCAGAAUAAGUUAGGCAAUUUAAUUCAACUAAUAUUGUAACAACCAAAAAUAAAGAAACUAAACCUCCUGAAAUUAAUGCAAGGUAUUAUUUUAAAUAUAUUAAAUAAAUAAAGACAAAAAGCCAUCGAAUUUGCCAGAAAUAUACCUAAACCUGUUGCCAAAAAAAAGGAUGAUACCACUAUGAAGGCUAUUUCUAAUCAACCUAUAAAUAAUUAAGGAAUCAAUAAGGAUCCUUUUGAUGAUGAAAUAGCUAGACUAGAGAGAGAACAUAUUAAAUAUUUAAACUAAUUGGAUAAAAUGAAAUGA